UUUUCGUUCAUACUUGCCGUUUCCAGCAAGAGAAACAGCGACCUCAGUGUUUAGUGACUGGACUGUCAAGAUCAGCUCAAGCCGUUCGGAUUAGUCUGAUACAAAAAAAAAUUGUAAAACAAAAAAGAUAAUUAAAAAACACUAUUAUUCGUCUGGGGCAAAAUUAAAAUAAAUAAAAUUCGAUCCCAAAACCAAAAUCCCGAGAAAGUUUCCUGAUAUUCCGUUUUGCUCCGAGAAAAAGCGAUAGAGCCUAACCUUCACUCAGCAAUGGAGUCUCGUCGGAACCCUCGCGCCGUUGUCGAUCCGAAGGUCCGGCAAGUCGGUUUCUUCACAUCUUCCCAACCCGAUUCGACUCACCAACCCGACCCGAUCGCCUCCGAAUCUCAUCCCGUCGCCUCCAGCAUUUCUCCCUCCGGCAACUCCCUCUCCCCCGUCAUGAUUCCCCCGCCUCGCCACAACUCCUCCGAUACUUUCCUCCUUCGCGCCGCCGCCGCCGCCGCAUCAGCCGUCUCUCCUUCCUCCUUCUCCUACUCCACCCGCCGCGAUUUCCCCGACGGCUCGAUGACGGCGUCUCCUGGACGCGUUUCCAGGGCGAGUUUCUCGAAGCCGUCUUCCUCGCUUCCCGGCGUCGGGAUGGAUUCUAUGGCGGCGGCUAAAUCCAGCAGCGUUCCAGCUAGCGGAUUGACCACUGUCUCCGUCGUGAAUAUGCCUCCUGGGCUCUCUGAGAAGGAGAGUGACCAGAAGAAGAACUCUAAGCCUUUGAAAGAGAAAACCACCAAAGCUGAGAGACGCGCUCUUCAGGAAGCUCAAAGAGCUGCCAAAGCUGCUGCAAAAGCUGAAGGUGGGAAGGCGCCACUAGUGAGCUCAGGCUCUGUGGCUUCCACAAAUGUUAAAGCUGCUAAACCAGCAAAGCCCUCUUCUCAGAAGAACGACGUCGCUGUUGCUGCUCCUGGACCAUCUGAGAAGAAGGGAGGCCAAACUGAGAAAGAUAGAAAGAAAGAUGCUCCACAUCCCCGCAUGCAAUACGAUGACGAGAGCAGAGUCGUCAAGGCGAAAAGACGUGCUGUUGUCAAACAGACCGAAGCUAAGAACAGGGUUGAGCUGUUUAGGCAUUUGCCUCAGUACGAGCAUGGCACUCAACUUCCUGAUCUCGAGACAAAGUUCUUCCAGCUUGACCCUAUGCAUCCUGCUGUCUACAAGGUUGGUCUUCAAUAUCUCUCCGGGGAUAUAUCUGGUGGCAAUGCUAGGUGUAUUGCGAUGCUUCAAGCAUUCCAAGAGGUCGUCAAAGAUUAUUCGACACCCUCUGAGAAGACUCUUAACAGAGACAUGACGGCGAAGAUAAGUAGCUACGUCUCUUUCCUCAUAGAGUGCCGUCCGCUUUCGGUUAGUAUGGGAAACGCCAUCCGAUUCGUGAAGAACAGGAUCGCGAAGCUGCCUAUAACACUCUCUGAAUCUGAAGCAAAAGCUGCUCUUCAGUCAGAUAUCGAACGGUUCAUCAACGAGAAGAUCAUAAUGGCAGAUACGGUGAUAGUCAAACACGCUGUCACUAAGAUAAGAGACGGUGAUGUCCUUCUGACCUAUGGAUCUCCAACUGCUGUUGAGAUGGUGUUAUUACACGCGCAUGAACUCAAGAAGAAGUUCCGUGUCUUGGUGGUGGAUUCUCGUCCGAAGCUCGAAGGACAGCUACUGCUUCGUAGGUUGAUCAAACGUGGCAUCAGCUGUACAUACACUCAUAUAAACGCCGUUUCGUAUAUCAUGCACGAAGUCACCAAAGUGUUUUUGGGGGCUUCGUCAGUUUUGUCAAACGGAACGGUCUACUCAAGGGUCGGGACUGCUUGUGUUGCAAUGGUUGCAAGUGCGUUCCGUGUUCCUGUGCUUGUAUGUUGCGAAGCUUACAAGUUCCAUGAGAGGGUGCAGCUGGAUUCCAUAUGCUCCAAUGAGCUCGGUGAUCCAAAUGCUAUUUCGAAAGUUCAUGGAAGAGAAGACAUAAACUACUUAGAUGGUUUGACCAAUAACGCAAACUUGCAGUUUCUGAACUUAAUGUAUGAUGCUACUCCAUCAGAUUACAUUUCCAUGAUAAUCACAGACUAUGGCAUGGUACCUCCCACGAGUGUGCCUGUCAUUGUGAGAGAGUAUCAGAAAGAACACUCGCUUGUCUAAGCGCUGCUUUAUAAAGUUUUGCCCCUCAUCAAAGGUGAAAGCCUCCUCCUCCCCUCCAUUCUCUUCCUCUAGCUCAGGCUCUUCUCGUCACAAACCCGCAUAGAGCUUUCCCUCACCGGCUUCUUUAUCGUUGAGUAGUGGACUCAUUUUUGUUGGCCUUUGACAUGUUUUUUUUGUUAGAAACUUUUGACUCUGUGAAGAGUGCGAUUCAUCAACCGCCUCUCCGGGAAAGAUUUUAUCCAUAUCAGUGAUGCUUUUUUGUUUGUUUGUUCGUGUGAUGUAUUGAGUGAAAGCUUAUCUUAUUCUGCCCUUCUCAUGAAGGUUGACCAA